AUGCCUAAACCAGUGUUAUAUUGGCAGGAGGUACUCCUUAAUGGAUGGCUUCGAAUCUAUAGACAUCAGCGAAGAGAACUGGAGCUGAUGCAAUCUGAAGUUGUCGAGGAAAUCAUAUACGGCUUGGAAUCUGGAAUUUUAUUUGGGAUGGCAUCUGUAUUAUCAAAGAUGGGAUUUCUAUUUUUGGAGCAGGGCUUCUCCAAGUUGCUGGUUCCCAUUUGCAUUUCAACCAGUGUAUGUUGUAGUGCUUCAGGAUUUGUUUACCAGACAAGAGGCUUGAAGCAUGGGAGGGCAAUUGUAGUGUCUACAUGUGCUGCUGUGGCAUCAAUCGUGACUGGUGUUCUUGCUGGUAUGCUUGCCCUGGGUGAAAGAUUGCCGUCAGCCCCAAUGGCUCGUCUCUCACUUUUGCUUGGAUGCACUUCCCUAGGUUAUGUUGUAUGUGAGGGACAUGAGGGUCUGAGUCUCAGAUUCUACUAUUUUAUGACUCUGAUUCAGAUCAAAGCCUCCAAUUGCAGGUUAUUCAUUAUUAUUGGUGUGAUUCUACUGGUAAGUUCAACUCGGGUGGUGCGGUACCUUCCAAGGCCAUGGCGGCAUCUUUUUCAAAGUGCUGUUGAAAAGAACUUCAGCCUUAGGCAAUCAGCGUCACUUCGAACAAAGGAUCCAAGCCCCAGUGCGGUUAUCCAGACUUCCACCUUGCAUCAUUUGAUAUCAUCUCCCACUAAAGAGAGCUUGAAUUAA